CUUGGCUUCGCUGCAGACAGCUCGGACAGCUGUUUCACGUUGCUAAAAUUCUGCGCAACCGGGUAUCAAACGAGUUCGCGCAGGGCAGCGAUGCAAACCAGCUCGAUUGAACAUCAGAGAAUGCUCAUGUGUCUGCCUUUUCGAUGAAAAAGAGCCCCGCAUUUGCGCCUACGAUGCGGGGUCUUUCUGUUGCGGCUUGCGCAGUCGACAGCGAUGGGUAUUAGUGGGUGUUUUAUGGAAGGUGGGACGAGGUAGAAGCUGGGGAGUCGGGGGCAUCAGCGGAGCCGAGAGCGGAGCUCUAGCAGGCUAGCCUUUGUGGCUGAGAGGCUGUAGCAAAAUAAUAUAUUUGUCAUAAAAACAGAUCAUGGCCUCCAGUAGUGACAGUAGUUCACCCGGGAUGGGAGAGAUCAUCCAGCUAAAUGUCGGUGGUACAAGGUUCAGUACCUCCAGACAGACUCUGAUGUGGAUCCCUGACUCCUUCUUCUCAAGUUUACUGAGCGGAAGGAUAUCCACUCUUCGGGAUGAAACUGGAGCUAUAUUUAUUGACAGAGAUCCUACAGCGUUUGCACCAAUCCUCAAUUUCCUACGAACCAAAGAACUGGACUUGCGAGGUGUGAACAUCAGCGUCCUGAGACACGAAGCAGAGUUCUAUGGGAUAACUCCCUUAGUACGACGCCUGCUGCUGUGUGAGGAACUGGAUCGCUCUUCGUGUGGCAGCGUCCUCUUCCAUGGUUACCUUCCACCCCCGGCCAUCCCUCCUCGGAAGUCGAGCCCUGCUUUAGCAGCUUCUGACCAGCGACCCGGUCCAAGUGGAGCAGAGGGCUUUCCUCGUGUCGGUCCCCUUCCUCAUCCUUCUUUAUCUGACUCUGCUGGCACAGGUGCCACCUCGAAACUAGGUCCCAUUGUUGACCCCAGGAAGGUGCUGAUAGUAGCAGGACAUCACAACUGGAUUGUAGCAGCUUAUGCACACUUUGUCAUCUGCUACAGGAUAAAAGAAUCAUCUGGGUGGCAGCAGGUGUUUUCCUCACCCUACCUCGACUGGACCAUCGAACGCAUUGCGCUAAAUGCAAAGGUGGUAGGUGGACCACACGGAGACAAAGACAAGAUGGUGGCUGCUGCCUCUGAACACAGAAUCAUCCUCUGGAGCAUCCAAGAUGGAGGCAGUGGUAAUGAAAUAGGUGUUUUCAAUCUCGGCGUACCUGUCGACGACCUGUUCUUUAUUGGAAGCCAGCUGGUAGCGACAAGUCACACGGGAAAGGUCGGCGUGUGGAACGCAGUCACACAACACUGGCAGGUUCAAGAUGUGGUUCCCAUCACGAGCUGUGACACAGCAGGGUCCUUCCUGCUGCUGGGCUGCAACAAUGGUUCCAUCUAUUACAUAGACAUGCAAAAGUUCCCACUGAGGAUGAAGGACAAUGACCUUUUAGUGACGGAGCUUUAUCACGAUCCCUCCAACGAUGCCAUUACUGCUCUGUCUGUGUACCUCACACCUAAAACCAUGCAUUUGUCCUUUUCCCUUUGUCUGCUGUCAGGUGUGAGUGGGAACUGGAUAGAGAUCGCCUACGGGACCAGCAGCGGUGCAGUGAGGGUGAUCGUACAGCACCCAGAGACGGUGGGGUCGGGUCCUCAGCUCUUUCAGACGUUCACCGUGCACAGGAGCCCAGUGACAAAGAUCAUGCUGUCUGAGAAACACCUGGUUUCAGUGUGUGCGGACAACAACCACGUCCGAACUUGGACGGUGACGCGGUUCCGAGGGAUGAUCUCCACACAGCCCGGCUCCACACCUCUGGCUUCCUUCAAGAUUCUUUCCCUGGAGGAAACAGAAAGCCACGGGAGCUACUGCUCUGGGAAUGAUAUCGGUCCGUUUGGAGAAAGAGACGAUCAACAGGUAUUCAUCCAGAAGGUCAUCCCCAUCACCAACAAACUGUUUGUGAGACUCUCUUCAACUGGAAAAAGGAUCUGUGAGGUGCAGUCGGUGGACGGAACCACCAUCUCCUGCUUCAUGGUUCGCGAGUGUGAGGGUUCCAGCCGAAUGGGGUCCCGACCACGGCGGUAUUUGUUCACCGGUCACGGCAAUGGCAGCAUACAAAUGUGGGACCUCACAACUGCAAUGGACACAGCAAACAAAGGAGAGGAGAGGAAGAAAGAAGAUGUAGGUGGACCAACAGAGGAGGAGCUGCUACAGCUGCUGGACCAGUGUGACCUGAGCACUUCACGCUGUCCAACACCAAACAUUAGCCCCGCCCCGUCUGUGCUGCACCACACACGCCUCAGAGAGUCCUGCUCCAGUCUGCAGCUACAGGCCCAGGAGCCCAUUCCCGAAAACCAGCCCACCUACGGAGCGGUGCGGCCCUACAGAGAGAGCCCCCUGCUGGCCCGCGCUCGUCGAACAGAGUCCUUCAACAGCUACAGAGACUUCCAGAACUUGAGCCUGAGCCGGGGAGCCCUGGACAACACAGGUCAGACAUCCAGCCAUCAGGCUUCUGAUGCUCGCCACUCACUGUGUGACUUUGGACCUGAGGAUGGCGAGAGGAGGAGCUCUGUCAUGGAGCUCUGGGCUUACCGCUCUAAUGCCACUGCUGGCAGCAGCUCACUGGCAAAAGCAGAACCGGGUCAAGAAUCACCAUCGCAGCCUCCUGGGAGCCCAGUUCCAGCAGGAGACGUCAGGCGAAAAGUGCAUCCUCACUCAGAGGAAGGGGACAGCGUUGGGGGAGACGGAGCCAAGGCUGAGGGAGGUGUGAGGAAGAGGGGAGUGCUAGAAGGAGGCUUUCUAGGAAGGAAGAGAGCUCCUCCAGUUCCAAAUCUCACCUCCGUCCCCUCCGGAUCAGAAGGUGGGGGCAGCGACUCCUCUUCAAAUGCCUCACCCUCACCAACCAAAGUUGCUGCUUCUACCUCGCCCAGAAACAGGAAGCAGGCGUCCGAGUAUUUGAAUCAGGACAGCAGCCUGUGAGAGCGGCUCUUGUUUUGAUCACAGACAGUUUAAUUUGUCUGGUUGAGACUUGGUUUGAGUGCAUGCCGGUCAGUAGAUGAAGAAGGUAUAAGAUCUCAACACUAACAGUAGGACAUCUCAAUCUGAGCAAAAACACUUCUUUUUAAUCUUUACAGGCUUUAUUUUUAAAGUCAACAGGAAUUUAACUGGAGCUUCACAUAUCUCAGUCUGUUAGCACUUUUUAAGUUUCAGGCUAAUUUCUACUCAUGUUUUCUCACCACUUAUGCAACAACCUCCGAAACCGUUACCAUGGAAACAGGCCAGUUUGUUGGUGUACAGUGUGUGUUUUGUUAGGUCACAGAUUAGCAUGAACACAUGAAAAAUCCAGACAUAGGAAAAGAAAAACAUCAGAAACAUUGAGUUGGAGUGGGAUGUUUAGAUUGAGGCAACAGUUGCACAAAUUUGCAAAAUUAAAGCGUUUAUAAUCUAAAGUUAAAGAAAACAAAUCUAGAGUAAGGAUAAUUUAAAUUUAAAAUAGCAAGAUCCUGAAAUUGAUGCGUCAGUUUAAAGAUCCAGAUGACAACCUGAUUUUUCUGCAGGGUCAGACCAAAACAGCUCGUUUUUUUUUUUUUUUUUUGUAAAAAAAAUUAACUAAUUUACCUUAAACACAUUCCCUUUGCCAGUAGGUUGGCAGCUACUGGAAUCCCAAAAUAUUGUUGAGGACAUGACAGUAAAAGGCCAACUGACAAGGUUUUAUUUUUAUAUGUAGGUCGGGAACGCAAUAAAGUCAUCAGUCAGGUGGUUCACACAAUGAUUGCUCGGUGGUAUGCAGCUGGAGUUCUAACCCAGGUGUCCACAUUAAGGUUUGUAUUGAUGUUGUCCUGCAGAAACACUCAAACUGUCAGAUUAUCUGUUAAUUCCUCAUUUAAAGGGGACAUAAGUGCUAAUAGGCCUAUAAACAAAUGUCUUUAUGAAGUUCUUCAACAGCUACAGGUGUUCUCUGCACUAAAGCAAUUUCAGUGGUUUUAUUCUUGACAGAAGAGCCAUUUAAGGGCUCUGCCACUUUAACACAAGCAGUUUCUGGCCACGCCCACCCACCUUCUGAUUGGUUACUACAGCUGAGAAACUCUGAUAUCGGGGAGGGGCUCAGAGUAGAGCCACUGCUCCUCCAGUAGCAGCUGCUGCUCUUCUCCAGGUGAGAUGCGGUUCCAUCCUAAUUUCCCCACUUAUGAUGUCACAAAAGGGGACUUUUUAAAAUGGCUCAUUUUAGACACAUAAUUCCUAAACCAAACAUUGACAGAAAACAGAUGGACAGAUUGUUUGCAAUUUUGGACGGUUUAUAGAGGCAGCAACGUCAACAACCGAGGGUGGGAGAUGGGUGUGUUGUUGUCAGGGUAUCCCAACUGGCGUCUGUCGGGGGAUCUCUGAGCAAAGUGGGUGGGGUGCGGUCUCAUGCCCCUCCCCUGGAUCCCCCACCAAUUUAGAGGCUGAAAAAUGUACUUAAACCAUUCUUCCCACUUACAUAUUUACAGCCAAAAGCAAUGCAUCUCAUUCGUAAACACACAUUUCUAGUUGGACAAAAGAACUGAAACACUUUAUUUUACAAUUAUUAGUCUCACAUGCUCUUCAUAUAUAUAUAUAUAUAUAUAUAUAUAUAUAUCAAGCUGGGUGGCAUCAUUUUCUGCUUCUGUAAACAAACAUAACUAAAGACGUUUGUACAGUUUUAUACACUAACAGUGAACAUAUAUGGAGAAGACAAAAUCCUGAUCAGGAUGCACUAUAAUUUAUUUAUUUAUUUUUUAAAUUCAAAACUUGUCGGACUUUUCCAUCGGACACGUAAGCAUUCAUGAAAUGUCAGCAACAUAGUACGCAACAGCUAGCUGCUGGUGUAGUCGAUGGGUACGUUUCCACCAGUGAGGGUGUUAUGUUUUGAAGAAUCCCAGAUGAUGUAUUUAUGUGCUGCACAUGACAGCGUCAAAGUCCACCGUGUAACUGGGGCCAGACAGGAAGUCAAACACGAAAGCAGUGUUCAGUAUUUGGAAAUGUUCACAAAUAAAGUCAUCUGCAGAUUUCCAGUUGCUUAACUAGUAAAAAGAUGACGCCAUUUGCUGUGAAACCUAUGUUGCCAAGGUAAACGGAACAGAUAAUAUACCACAGACCUUUUUGCAUACAUGCUGCAAUGUUUCUCCUCGUUUGUAAUCGUGUUAACUGCCGAAAUCACGCAUGGUGUUGCAAUUUUCCCAUGAUUUUUGUCACCUCGCGGGCCCAGCUGUGAAGGCUUUUGAUGCUUUUGAUGCACUUGUCUGAAAUGCUUCCUGUGGAUAACACACAUCCAGUGGAAAGGCUUGUCCAGAACAUACAGUAUGUCACCAUCAGUCUUGGUGCCUCCUCAGACAUGGGCACACGCUAUGUGACUGACAUUGGUAUGUAAGCAUAUUUGUCUAACGCUAUUGGCUAAUGCUCAGCAGCGUUCAAUUCAAAUUGCAUGGGGCUCUACAGGAUGGAGGACAAGCUUAGUACAGGUUAGGACCAUCACCUCAUGGAUUUCUAAAAAAAAAAAAAACCUGAUUAAUUCCUGAAAAGGGAAAAACGUCUGGAUUGCAUCUUUAAAAAAAUAACAUUUAAACAAACAAUGGCUUCAGAUCUGUACAUUUUUUUGCACAUAUUUAAAAAUGUUUUCUUUGGCAUGUUUACUCCCAUCAUGUCCCUGCAUACCCCUCCUGUAGUGAUGCCUGUGAAAGAUCACACUAAAAGUUAGUUUAAUUUUUGUCACUUUUACUUAAUAGAAGAAUGUAGCCAAACACUACUUCACUUUAGUCCUUCUGAAACUGGAUUUGGUGUGUAUGGUCUCCCGUCGGACGGCUGUUGAUGUGCCUUAUUUAGCUUUGAUUUGACCGAAAAGCAUCGUGACCGUAAGAUUGUGAAGAUGGGGAUCACUGUGUAGACACAUGAUGGACUUGAGCUGGAGCUGCUUCAAAUACUACCAAACACUUCACCGUAACGGUACAGAAGGAUUCAACUUAAACUGAACUACACCUAGAAAAAACUAAUCCUGAAACAGAAGUCAGAAAUGGUCUUGUCCGAAAGCUGGGUGGCAUCAUUUUCUGCUUCUGUAAACAAACAUAACUAAAGACGUUUGUACAGUUUUAUACACUAAUAGUGAACAUAUAUGGAGAAGACAAAAUCCUGAUCAGGAUGCACUGAUGUGUGUUAUGUUGUGUUUAUUCAGCCAUGUUUAUUGGAUGUUAAUGUAAUCACAUAUUGGACCUAAAUGCAUCAGUUUUUGCACUAAUAUUACAGUAAUUUGCUGUGUUUAUUUUAGAUAAAAAAGUGUAUUUUAGCACAUUGUUGGUUUGUGUGCUGCCUGUUUUAUCUGUCGUCUAAAUAUGAAUGUGAUCUUUAAUAAUUACAGCCAGAUAUUCAUGAAGUAUAUAUAAAAAAACACCACAAAUCUGUUUAUUUAAGCUUUCUGGCAUGUUCUUGUUUAACUUUGUGUGUUGAAGUAAUGCUGCAGUAAUAAUAUUCACAGGUACUUUAAUCACUUUUAAAGUUGUUUGUGCAGUUUUAACAGCAGAGUUCACUAUUGCAUGUGUUUCCGUUCCUCACCAGACCCUCACGUUCAUCUGUUUACAUUUUGUACAGUUUUGGUGAAUUUCUCACAAAACACUGUUUCAGUUGACAACAACUUCAAUUGCUUCACAGAAAGCAUUACUUUAAACCCAAACUAAGUUGAGUUUUAGGAUGUGGUGUCUUAGGAUUUUUUUUUUUUUUUUGCUUAAGUGCAACAUUUUUGUUUUGAGCGCCAUAACAGUGUGUGUGUGUGUGUGUGUGGUCUUCUACACGCUUUUAUUUCACUAACCUUCCUGCUCAGACGCUCUCCUCUCUGAGACGGCGUCUGUCGUCAUUGUGAUUUAUGAGUUUAAUAAAAGCCUGUAUCUGUGUGUGUGUAGCUCUGGGCCAUACUGUCCCUUACAAUCACUCCACACACUCACUUUUCACAGCCUCUCCCUCCCUCUGUGGCUGACGAUAGCUGUGGAUGUGACUGUGAAUGCUUUAGGAGUGCCCUUGUCAGAUUGGCGUCCUUGAACGAGGGCACACUUGUUACUGCCAGUUUGUUAAUUUCAAACUCGCCUGGAUGUCCCCUUAAGGGACGCACGAGCAAAAUGAAAUUACGGCUACACAGUUUCGAUGCAGACACCGGCACCUUGUGUGUGUGUGUGUAAGAUGCUGCACGUCUGCCCUAAACAAAGCUUGCAGAUUUCCUCUAAAAAAUAAACAGAGGAAAACUUUCAGAACUGAGCAGCUUCUUUUUGUGUGUUUUAAAAAUCUCAGAUGGAACAUUUUGGAACAUCCUGCAUAAGAUGACAAAACUUCACACAUUAAGUGAUCUCAUCAUAUGCAGGAUGUUCCUCUCUCUUCUACACGUAUGCAAUGAUUUAGUUUAGUCUAUUUAAACAUAUUUGAAUGAUCCUGAGGCUAAAUAUUAACUCAUCAUGGAGCAAAUAUUCAUGUAUGUCAAGUUUCUUCUGGCCUUUUGUUAUUGUGACUUUUUAAAAGAACAAAAAUGUAAAUUUGUGCUUUUUUUGACAUGUUGCUCUUGAAAACUGACAUUUCAGUUGACAGUGGAGUAAUGAAACAUUAAACUGUUGCAAUGUG